CCCACCCCUUCAGCCCUAGAAUUUUCAUCUCAGUCCGUCUCGUUUUCAUUUUUCGCACACCAAUUUCCUGAGAAACAAACGCGAAGCUAGAGAGAGAGAGAGAGAGAGAGAGAGAGAGAGAUAACAACCAAAGUGAAGAUGUCUGAUUACGAAGGAAGGUACGAAGGAAACGGCGAGGACGCCGACAAUUAUGGCGGUGGCUCCUCUCCUCAACCUCGUGGCAGCAGCCAUGGUGGUCCUGAAGAUCACAGCGACACCAAGUCUCAGCAUGGGUCUCGUGAUUAUGAAAGAGAGUCUUCUAAAAGCAGGGAGAAGGAUAGAGAAAAAGGGCGUGAUAAGGAGAGGGACAGGGAUAGAGAUCGGGACCGUGAUCGGGAGAGGGAUAGAGACAAGGAUAGGGAGAGAAGCAAGGACAGGGAUAGAGAUAGGGAAAGGGAUAGAGACCGGGACCGGGACAGGGACCGUCAUCAUAGAGAUCGCCACAGGGAUCGUGAUCGUAGUGAAAGAAGGGAACGUGGCCGGGAUAGAGAUGAUGAUGAUUAUUAUCGAGGUGGCCGGGACUAUGACAGACGAAGGGAUUUUGAUAGAGACAGAGAGGAGAGGAGCAAGCGGAAGUCUCGCUCUCGUUCAAAGGGUAGAUCAGAGCACAGAUCAAGGUCACGUUCUCGGUCACGGUCAAAGAGAAUACUAAUGAAUGGCCAAAGUCCUGAACAUUGUGUAGAACCUUGUCCAGGUGUAAGCAAAAGGAUUAGUGGCUUUGAUAUGGCGCCUCCUGCUUCUGCAUUGUUAUCUGGUGCAGCUGCUGUAACAGGUCAGAUUGCAGGGGCUACUCCGGCUCUUCCUGGAAUGUUUCCAAACAUGUUUCCUAUAGCAACUGGUCAGCAAUUUGGAGCUCUUCCUGUUAUGCCAGUUCAGGCAAUGACUCAACAGGCUACAAGGCAUGCUCGGCGAGUGUAUGUUGGUGGGCUUCCUCCUACAGCAAAUGAACAGUCUGUUGCGACAUUUUUCAGUCAUGUUAUGGCUGCAAUUGGAGGAAACACUGCUGGUCCAGGAGAUGCUGUUGUCAAUGUUUACAUAAACCAUGAAAAGAAGUUUGCUUUCGUGGAGAUGAGAUCUGUUGAGGAGGCUAGUAAUGCAAUGGCUUUGGAUGGGAUUAUAUUUGAGGGUGCUCCUGUUAAGGUGAGGAGACCUAGUGACUACAACCCAUCUCUUGCUGCAACACUUGGUCCAAGUCAGCCCAAUCCCAAUCUGAACCUUGCUGCUGUUGGGUUAACACCGGGAUCUGCAGGUGGGCUUGAGGGUCCUGAUCGCAUAUUUGUGGGUGGGCUUCCCUAUUACUUCACAGAAACACAGAUCAGGGAGUUGUUAGAGACUUUUGGGCCACUUCGGGGUUUUGAUCUUGUGAAAGACAGAGAAACGGGAAAUUCAAAAGGCUAUGCAUUUUGUGUUUACCAAGAUCUUUCAGUUACAGACAUAGCUUGUGCAGCUCUGAAUGGAAUUAAGAUGGGUGAUAAAACUCUUACUGUUAGACGUGCUAACCAGGGUGCUAAUCAACCUAAACCCGAGCAAGAGAAUGUAUUGUUGCAUGCACAGCAGCAGAUUGCAUUGCAGAAGCUCAUGUUACAACCAGCUGCUGCAGUGGCCACCAAGGUUGUGUGUCUAACUCAGGCGGUUUCUCCCGAUGAACUCAAAGAAGAUGAUGAUUAUCAAGACAUUUUGGAAGACAUGAGAGAGGAAUGCGGAAAAUUUGGUACACUGGUAAAUAUCGUCAUCCCACGCCCACAACCUAAUGAUGAACCAUCACCUGGAGUCGGGAAGGUGUUUUUGGAGUAUGCAGACAUUGAGGGUUCUACAAAAGCUCGUACUGGGUUGAAUGGAAGAAAAUUUGGUGGGAAUUCAGUAGUGGCCGUCUAUUAUUCAGAGAACAAGUUUGCCCAGGGGGACUACGAAGGCUAGUUAUUGUCUUGUAUUUUAGUUAAUGUCACAUUGAUAUGUUCAAUAUUUGCUGAGGUAUUCAGUUUAGAAGGUUGAAAAAUGUACUUAGUACACAGCCUAUUGUUGAUUUAGUGGAGUUGACAAAUUAGAUCUGCUAUUGAAUUAAUUAAGUCAAUGAGCUUGUGUUGUCCAUGUUAAUUGGUACAAAUAGCAAAAUGCAGUUUGGAUUGAUACU